CAAUCUCCGAGGUGGCGUGGCCAUCCAGAGCAUCGACGUUUUCUCUGCGCUAUUCGAGGUACACGCUAAGCACGGUGAGCACGUGACCAACGACAUCGUCGGAGGCUUCUGCGUGCAGGCACUCGUCAACUACACGAGCGCCGACCUUCUGGCAAGCCUGCUCGGAGGAAGUCGAGAACUCGCCACCCAGUCCCUCUACGACAGGUGCUUCUCGGACGCCUACAGAUUCUACGGCACCGCCAUAGACGCCUAUUCCACCAGCCGCUGAGCCGCGAAGUUGCGGACAUCCAGCAAGUGGCCACGCUUAUCCACGACGCCUUCUCCGGGACGCUUUUGCGCGGCGACGUGACACUCGGGGCCAUCCCUCCAGAUGCAGCCACCAACGACUCCUCGGCACCAUCUGGCAGGCACAAGAACUUUGAAUUGGCCCUGUCUAGCUUGAACGGCCUGAAAACGAGCACGUCCGCCGGUUCCUAUGACCGUUAUUCACGCGAGACGGACAGCGCUCUACACAACUGGAUGAAGCACGCUGCCUUUGCCUCUGCUGGCGGCAAGUCGCCAACGGGAGCGUCACUCUGGGAGUCCUUGAACGAAGACAUCAGACGCGCCACUGGCAGGUUUCGCCACUUCCGCCUGGGUCUGACGCAUAUGGAGGAACCCUUCUACGCAGCCAUCGUCAGUGCAGCGGUGCUCAUGGCAGGAGUCGGAGCGCGCUUGGCGGUGGCACUUUUUUUACGAUCACGUCGGGACGAUCAGCCCAGGUGACCCCGCGAAUGUCUACGCUGAGAACCAGGAGUGCCUCUUUCCCGGCACUGGUAGGGGAUCGUCGGACCUGGAAAUUCAUGGUGCCGUCGCCUCCGUCGACGUGGCAUGGUCUGCUUUGAAAACUGGCGGUGCAUUCUGAUCAGCAUCCGGUAUGAGCAAGGCCGCGACGACAGUCGGGCACGUUCACAGCUGGUGCAGCCGUGCGUCGUGAUCCACCAGCAACCGGCCCGGGUUCCCACCUCGACAGUCGAGUCCCAGGACGCACGCGGUGCCACGUUUGCUACCCAACGAGCUGCCAGCGUCGGGCUUCCUUCGUCGAGUCGCGCAUCGCAUAUCGCUUAGAUCACCAAGAUGAAAGUGGAGGCAGCUAGCACGCGCCGACACCUCCUGGGCGAAGGGCCGCACUGGGACGAGCGCAGCUCGACGCUGCUCUUCGUCGACUGUCUCGGCCGGGAAGUGUCGCGCUACGAUCCCGCCUGCGGCACGGAGACUCGGGUCAUCCGCACGGAAGGUGACCUGGGCAACGUCAUCCCUUUCGCGGAAGACAACCGCCAGCUGGCGCUCUGCAUGGAGCACGGCCUGUACCGGCUCGACCUGGACACGCACCAGAGGGAGCUUCUGGUCGAGAUGCUAGACCCAAAAUCGACGGUGAAGUCCCGGCUCAAUGACGGCAAGUGUGACACCCUGGGACGCCUCUGGACUGGGUCGAUGCCCUCCACAGGAGUGCAGAACCUGAUACCAAAGAAGAACAACUUCUGGUGUUACUCGAAGGGAACGCUGAAGCACAAGUUGAACGGGGUGACCUUAUCCAACGGUGUCACGUGGACGACGGACAGCAGCGUCAUGUUCUACGGCGACUCGGUGCCCGGAUUGAUCUACGCCUUCGAUUUCGACAUUGCCGCGGGCGAGAUCAGCAACCGGCGAGUGCUGGUUGAUUUCCGCACGACGCCUGGCUACGAGGACCUCGGCCUUCCGGACGGCAUGACCAUCGACGUCAACGACAAGAUCUGGAUGGCGUGCUUCGAAGGCAGCGCGGUGGUGCAGAUUGACCCAGAGACCGCCAAGAUCCUGACCAAGAUAAGCUUUCCAGCCAAGUACACCACGUCGUGCUGCUUUGGAGGCGAGAACUACGACGUGCUCUACGUCACGACAGCCAGUUUUCGCCCGGACGCCACUAGGGCCGAGGACGGCCUCCUCUUCAGAGUUACCGAGCUGGGAGCAAAGGGCAAGGCAGCCUACGAGUUUGGCGAGCCGGAUGGUGAACGCCUGUGCAAUGCACCGUUUCGUCACAGCAGUGGCUUUUCGCUCCUGUUCGGCCCUGUGCCAAACUGUGUUGGGCGAUGCACUGCGAUCAGUAUCUGGUCUGAGCAGGGCAGCGACGAGAGUCGGGCGCGUACACAGCUGCUGCAGCCAUGCGUCGUGAUCCACCAGCAACCAACUCGGGGUUCCCACCUCAACAGUCGAGUCCCAGGACGCACGCGGUGCCACAUCGCCAAGAUGAAAGUGGAGGCAGCUAGCACGCACCGACACCUUCUGGGCGAAAGGCCGCGCACUGGGACGAGCGCAGCUCGACGCAGCUCUUCGUCGGCUGUCUUGGUCGCGAGGUGUCGCGCUACGAUCCCGCCUGCGGCACGGAGACUCGGGUCAUCCGCACGGAUCACCAAGAUGAAAGUGGAGGCAGCUAGCACGCGCCGACACCUCCUGGGCGAAGGGCCGCACUGGGACGAGCGAAGCUCGACGCUGCUCUUCGUCGACUGUCUCGGCCGGGAGGUGUCGCGCUACGAUCCCACCUGCGGCACGGAGACUCAGGUCAUCCGCACGGAAGGUGACCUGGGCAACGUCAUCCCUUUCGCGCAAGACAACCGCCAGUUGGCGCUCUGCAUGGAGCAUGGCCUGUACCGGCUCGACCUGGACACGCACCAGAAGGAGCUACUGGUCGAGAUGCUCGACCCCCAAUCGACGGUGAAGUCCCGGCUCAAUGACGGCAAGUGUGACGCCCUGGGACGCCUCUGGACUGGGUCGAUGCCCUCCACAGGGUUGCUGAACCUGAUACCAGAGAAGAACAACUUCUGGUGUUACUCGAAGGGAACGCUGAAGCACAAGUUGAGCGGGGUGACCUUAUCCAACGGCAUCACGUGGACAAAGGACAACAAGGUCAUGUUCUACAACGACUCGGUGCCCGGACUGAUCUACGCCUUCGAUUUCGACAUUGCCGCGGGCGACAUCAGCAACCGGCGAGUGCUGGCCGACUUCCGCACGACGCCUGGCUACGAGGACCUGGGCCUUCCGGACGGCAUGACCAUCGACGUCAACGACAAGAUCUGGGUGGCGUGCUUCGAAGGCAGCGCGGUGGUGCAGAUUGACCCAGAGACCGCUAAGAUCCUGACCAAGAUAAGCUUUCCAGCCAAGUGCACCACGUCGUGCUGCUUCGGAGGCGAGAACUACGACGUGCUCUACGUUACGACAGCCAGUUUUCUCCCGGACACCACUAGGGCCGAGGAUGGCCUACUCUUCAAAGUUACCGAGCUGGGAGCAAAGGGCAAGGCAGCGUACGAGUUUGGCGGUUAGACCCUAGCCGUGCCAAUGCCUCCUUUACUAGAUGCCAGCCGCGUUGUCCGUAAACUCGGUUCCUGGCCCUCUCCCUUUACUCUCCUCCGCGAAAAGGCAACGAGCGCCGCUUGUGGCGGACGUCUGCGUCACGUGCUGCGGCCUCGGAGAUUACCAUGGCGUCUGUUGCCAUCUCGGAGGUCUGCAUCCGCCGGAAGUUGAAAAGGCAACGAGCGCCGCCUCACAAAAUUUAUGCUGAACUAACUUCAACUAAGCGUGGCCUUCGCGAUCGGCUCCGGCGGCGCGCCGUUGCUGCGAAUCGCGGAGGCCACGAACUAAGGGAACCGCCGCCGCAAUGGGAAAGCGAGCAACGCGGCUGGCAUCUAGUAAAGGAGGCAUUGGCCGUGCUAGGCGUGCCGAUAGACGCCGCUGCGGCGUCGAAGCGACGGGUAGGCGCUGUACUGGUUAGACGCCUGAACAACGCGCAGCAUGUUUCUUCUUUUAACGCGACAGCGUUAAGGAGCUCAUGUCGCAAAAAAGCCGGUGUCGUCGGCGUCGGUGUCGGCGGUGUUGGCCGUGAGUGAUAAAUCCCAGCAGGCACUUCAUGAAUAAAAAUGGCUUUUUUUGUGUGGAUUUCAAUUAUAGAAUUCAUUUAUGUUUACCGUUUUACUUGUUUCCCAGGCUCGGGAAGUUGUAUCUACAGAUUCAUAGUCAAUCUGUAUUACUUUUGUAUAAUGUAUGUAUUUCUUAUGUAUUUCUUUUGUAUUUCGCACUACUAAUCCGCUAUUUUAUUUGGAUGAUAUGUUUACCUCCGUACAGCAAAAGUAAGAUUGAUUUGUUAUAAUGUCACCAAUGUAUUUCAUAUUAUGUACCACUGUGCCGAAUGUCAAUAUGAGUGGGAAUAAACGAGAAGAAAGGGGA